UAUAUAAGCAGCAAUAUUCUUGUCAAAAGUAUAGUACGCAACAUAGUCUUAGAAUAUUUAUUAAGUAUAUUUCAAGUAUUUCGUAUCGAAAAAAAUUUCUAUUCAUAAUGGAUUUAAUAACAAUUGGAAUAUUAUUUGUACUGGCGAUAUUAUUGGGAAUCAUUUAUUCUCAAGAAUUAACAAAACAUAAACGUUAUGCUGAAAAAAUUGAUCAAAUGCCAGGACCAAAGAAUUAUCCAGUUAUUGGGACAUCCUUAGACUUUAUUAAAAACCCACCAAACAAAUUCUUUGAUGUGAUGCACUCCACAACUUUAAUGUAUGGACCAGGCCCAUAUCGAACAUGGCUAGAUGGGCUAGCCUCUGUUCACAUUGUAAAACCAGAGCAUAUUGAGUUAAUCGUAAAUAAUCCAAAACAUAUUACAAAGAGUAAAUUUUACAAGUAUAUAGAACCAUGGCUAGGUACUGGUUUACUGACAUCAACUGGUGCAAAAUGGCAUUCCCAUAGAAAAAUGAUAACACCAGCAUUCCAUUUUAAAAUUUUAGAUCAUUUUGCUGAUAUUUUUGUUGAAAAAAGUAAAGUUUUAGUGAAUUUAUUAUACAAUAAAGCUGAUGGUGCUGAAUUUGAUUUAUAUCCGUACAUUACACGAUGCGCACUCGACAUAAUUUGUGAAACUGCUAUGGGAGUAAAAAUUGAUGCCCAACGUCAUAUUGAAGCAAAUUUAGGUGAUAAACCAGAGGCUUUGGAUAGUAGUGAUUCAGAAUAUGUUAAAGCUAUUUACGAUUUCAGUGAUCUGGCUUUAAGACGUGGAUUUGUGAUUUGGUAUCACAUCAAUUUUAUUUGGAAUAAUUCUUCAAGUGGUAGAAGAUACAACAAAUGUGUAGAAAUUUUGCAUGGCUUCACUAAUAAGGUUAUCGUAGAACGAAAAGAAGCACUCAAGGCGAAAAAACCAAUUUUACAAAAAGAAGAAAACGAAGCAGAUUCUAUUGGAUCUAAAAAACGUAUGGCAUUCUUAGAUUUACUUCUAGAAGCUUCGUUAGACGGUCAUCAUUUAACAACGGAAGAAAUUCGAGAAGAAGUCGAUACAUUUAUGUUUGAAGGACACGAUACAACAACAGCUGCCAUAUGUUGGAGCUUAUUUUUACUGGGGAAUCAUAUGGAUGUACAACAGAAGUGUCAUGAGGAAUUGGAUAGCAUAUUUCAAGAUACAGAUCGUGAUAUAACAAGACAAGAUUUAGCAGACAUGAAAUAUUUAGAAAUGGUUAUCAAAGAAACAUUACGAAUGUAUCCAAGUGUACCAAUUAUAAGUCGAGAACUAGGCGAAGAUAUCGUUCUUGAUGGAUUUACAGUACCAAAGAAAACAUUUGCAGUAAUGCAUCUUCAUGAAACACAUCGCAAUGAGGCACACUUUAAAAAUCCUCAUACAUUCAAUCCAGAAAAUUUCAAUAAAGAUAAUUGUGCAAAACGUCAUCCAUAUGCAUACAUACCAUUUAGUGCUGGCUUACGUAAUUGCAUUGGUCAAAAAUUUGCAAUUCUAGAAGAGAAAACCGUUUUAGCAUCAAUAUUACGAAAAUUUAGAAUUGAAUCAAUUGAAAGUGUUGAAGAAUGUAAAAAGGUCGGAGCAUUGAUAUUACGACCACUUAAUGGUGUUCAAGUUUUUUUGCACAGAAGAGAUAACAAUAUACGUGUACCUAAAAAAAUGUUUUGCAUGUACGCAGUUCUAUUUCUAAUAGCAGCAAUAAUUGUACUCUGGCACAAAAAUAAGAAUGAUCGAACAGUUAAAUUAAUUGAACAAUUUCCUGGACCGAAAAAAUUACCAAUUGUCGGCACAUCAUGGACAUUGCUUGGAGUACCAGUAAACAAAUUAUUUUCAUAUAUUAGCUCAGAAUAUGAUCGAUAUUAUCCAGGACCCUAUCGAACAUGGCUUGGACCGACGCCAGCUAUAAAUAUUUAUAAGCCAGAACAUAUAGAAUGUAUAGUCAAUAAUCAAAAACAUAUCACCAAAGGAUUAACUUAUAAUUUUCUUCAUCCCUGGCUAGGUCAAGGAUUACUGACUUCUUCAGGUGAAAAAUGGUUUAAGCAUAGACGUAUGAUAACUCCAGCAUUUCAUUUUAAAAUUCUUGAUCAAUUUGUUGAAGUUUUCUUUGAGAAGUGUGACAUAAUGACUCAGCGACUUGAACGCCAUUCAGAUGGAAAAUAUUUUGAUAUUUAUCCGUACAUCACACGAUGUGCUUUGGAUAUCAUUUGUGAAACUGCUAUGGGAGUACCAAUCAACGCUCAAGUCGAUAAGGAUUCUGAAUAUGUUACAGCUUUGUAUGAGGUAAGUGAUUUAACCAUGAAACGAUCAGUACUACCUUGGCUACAACCGGAUAUUAUAUGGAACAACGUAGCAGAUGGAAAACGAUAUUAUCAAUGCUUGGCAAUUCUACAUGGUUUCACAAAUUCUGUAAUUAAAGGCCGAAGGGAAAGUCGAAAAUCAAAUGUCGCUGAAACAGUUUCAAAAGAUGAUGAUAUUGGUACGAAAAAACGUAUGGCAUUUUUGGAUGUUUUAUUAGAAGCUCAAGAAAAAGAUCCUACGUUAAGUGAUACAGAUAUUCGUGAAGAAGUUGAUACCUUUAUGUUUGAAGGACAUGAUACCACGACUGCUGCAAUUUGUUGGUCCCUAUUUAUGUUAGGUCUACAUCCAGAGGUGCAAGAAAAAGCAUACCAAGAAAUUAAACAAAUAUUCCAGGGCAGUAAUAGAUCAUUAACGAAACAAGAUUUACUCGAAAUGAAGUAUUUGGAAAUGGUUAUUAAAGAAGCCCUUCGGCUGUUCCCAAGUGUUCCUAUUAUUGGUCGUGUACUCAAAGAAGAUCAAGAAAUAGAUGGAAAAUUGGUGCCAAAAGAAACCGUCAUAUUUGUCAACAUACACAAAUCACAAAGAGAUCCAGCACACUUUAACAGUCCAAAUGAAUUCAAUCCUGAUAAUUUCUUGUUAGAAAACUCAUCAAAACGUCAUCCAUAUGCUUAUAUGCCGUUCAGUGCUGGACCUAGAAAUUGUAUAGGACAAAAAUUUGCUCUACUUGAAGAAAAGACAAUAAUAUCAACAAUUUUACGUAACUUUAAAUUAAAAUCAAUGCAGAAAAUGCAUGAAGUGAACUUAGUUGGAUCAUUAGUAUUAAGACCCGAACAAGGUGCCAUUGUAUCGUUGGAAAAACGGCAGUGAUAACAAUAAUGUUGAAAAUAUGAUGUAUUAAUUUUCAA